AAAUCAAAGCAACCAAAGUCCAUUAAAUUAAAAAAAAAGAAUUUCAUAAAUUUUGCUUGCAUAAAUGGUUCGAUUUCGAGUGGUUUUGAGAGCUGCUUGCUGCUGGAGUCGCAGGAUGUGUUUUCGAGCUGAGGAAGGGAUCCUUCGAUUUACGCAGAGACAUCGCGAGAAAUGCGUGGGCUUUAUGCAUCCCUUUUCGGCAUUAUUUCUACUCGUUCUGAUUGGAUUUUUAUUUAUCUUCGAAUUGUGGUAUGUUUUGCCGGCCAUAACCGAUCCCCAGGGGAUGUGGCACAAGUUAAACUGGCUGCUGGGAAUUUAUGUUGUCUUUAAUAUACUGGGAAAUUGGUGGCUUGGCUUUGCAAGGAAUACCUCCGUUGAGAGUUUGCCACCGAAAAGGCAACAUCCUGCAGCUGGCGAGGCACACCUUUGGCACUAUUGCACCUCCUGUCAAAAACUAGUUCCCCCGCGGUCCUGGCACUGCAGAUUGUGCAAUGUUUGCAUUCUGAAGCGGGAUCAUCACUGCACUUUCACGGGAAAUUGCAUUGGCCACAAUAAUCAACGGUACUUCCUGGGCUUCCUGUUUCACCUGACUUUCGGUAGCGGACAGGCCCUCGUCUAUAAUGCCAUGUUGACCAGCAAAAUGAAGGCCUUUGGGCUCUCCGAUCCCCUAUUAAUGAUUGGCCUGGAUUACACUCAAGAUGCUGAUUUCGAGUGGAAGUACACUGUCGCCAUCAUCUUCAAACUGAAUUUCCUUCUUUUUAUGGUUCCAUUCGUUACGAUGUCGGCUGGCGGCGAAACUUUGAGUUAGUACUGGGAAAACGCGGCUUCUGGACUUUCAUCUCGCCCACAAUUGCAAGUCCUCUUCCCACCGAUGGUACCUUUUGGAUUCAAAAGCAGUUUGUUUAAAAAUUUGGAAAAAUUACACUAUGUGUACAGUACCUA